AUGUUAGAUUGGUACAGCCGUCCUGCUUGGAUGUCUGGCAAUAGCUCAAUCCUACUAGAGAAAGGGUAUGGAUAUCCAUAUAAAGACGACACGGUGCAUUUCCUACUGUUUCUCACCAAAAGUGGUGGAAAGACGAAUAUCAGAUCACCAAACCUUGUAAUAUCCAAAAGCAAUUUCAGCCACAACAGUGAAGGUGGAAUUUUGUUGGGUGGAGAUAACGCAGGAAUAGUUGAAAUCGAAAACACGGACGUACGAGACUCACCCGAGAAUGGCUUGUCGACAGCAUUUUCCCACGUUAACAGCUUGAAGCUGCUGAAUUGCCAAUUCGUUAGAAACAAGAUCGGAAUCAAGCUCUCUUCAUUUUCAGGUAACGUGAAUAUCGAGAACACCAAGGCUUCUAACUCGACCGAAAAUGGACUUUAUGUGGACACGAACGGUGAAAAAACAAUCCAUAUUGAAAAUGGUGGUGUUUUCCAUAGCAAUGGAUAUGGCCUGUUUCUGGAUGGUAAAUAUACCAAAGUGAAACUUACUGCAACCAGGAUAUUUUUUGGAUGGAAUAAGGCAUCUUCUGUUUAUUCGCGUAGUUAUUAUGGUUGCAAUUUGCCUUGUUCAUCCCAUACUUCCUUUACAAACUGUACAUUUUAUGUCAACCGAGGCCCUGUAAUAGACAUUAACGAGUCUCCACACUCUAAUCCAUGGCAAUUUAACGGUAACCUUUUCCUGAAUAACACUCAAGGUCCUGUUAUUUUGACUACGCGUUAUACGAAUAGAUACUACACUCCUGAAUUAUUUGUGAGAAACAAUAGUUUCUUGUUCAACUUUUGCCAAGAUAAAAGCGUCAUAGACAUUAUAGGAGGCACAAAAGUUUUGAUUGUAGAAGGAAACAUCUUCAAACAAAACUACGGGAGAUCCGUUUAUAUAGGAAAAACCUCUCCUUCAGGCGCAACUAUAAGAAGUAACGUUUUCACAAACAACAGCUGCCUGAAUUGUGGAGUCAUUGAGAUUCAGAGGAUAGGUAAGGACAUCGCAAUUGUUGACAACAUUCUUAAAUCGAAUAAAGGACAAUUUAUGGUUCUUCUCCAGUGCGAAUACGUUGUAGGAGUGAACACUGGCAUUAAGAAUGUAACGUUUUUGAAUAAUUCACUCCUGAACAACGUGGCUGUAUCAUCAAGUUCCCCAACCUGUCAGUUAAAAGUCUCUGGAUUUGCGGAAUGGAGACCAUUUUUCAUCAGUUUCAACAGAUUUGGCAGCCAAGACUUCUCAAAAGAACUUUGUGUAAGCACCCAAGAUUCCUCGCACAGCAGCACAAUGCAGGCUUCAUUAAACGUCUGGGGUUAUGAUGACGAGGAAAAAGUCAAGGAAAGAAUCUUUGAUGGUGAAGACAACUACGAAAAAACAUUUGUUGUUUUUCGUCCUUACAUCAGUAAUGCAGGAAACAUAAUAAAGGGUUCGCAAGAAAAUACUACCUUUAACGCGCUAUCGAAAAGCUUUCUGGGAGGAAGGAUAUUAUCCAACGUUCUUCUAAGAAAAGAGAAAAGUCCUUACACAGUUGUGUCCGAUGUCACUAUUCUGCCUGAAGCUUCACUUUCAAUUGAUCCUGGUGUUGAGGUGCAAUUUAUGCCAGGGGUUGGCAUGUUGGUUCUUGGUUCACUAUUUGUGGGCGGAAAUGUACAUCAACCUGUCAAAUUUUCUCUUUCAAAAGUUACAAAAGAUGACGAUUUUCUCAAAAUUCGAUUAGCCGGAGGUAAGUUCCCUUGGGAAGGACGUGUACAGAUACUACACAAUUGGAAUUGGACCUCACUGUGUUUCAAUGAGACGCAAGGCAAUAAAACUAAUGACGUAAAACUGAUAUGUGAACACCUGGGCUAUCAAGCACCAUUGUCCGUCAAUCAUUCCCAUCACGAAUCGUCCGGCCCUUGGGAUGCUUGUGCCGCUCUUCAGUGUAAAGGAAGUGAGUUAGAUUUAGCAGAAUGCUCUAUAUCUUUCCAAAGCCUUAGCUGCAACACGUCGUGUCAUCUCGUGUUGAACUGUGGCGAAGGAAGGCCUUGGGGAAAUAUAAGAUUUCUUCGCGAAGCUAGGAACACUUCAAACCUAUCAACAUCAAGUUUAAAACACCUAAGAAUUGAGCACUGUGGCGAGAAACAUGGCCAAAACGUUGCUGCCAUUGAAAUGAUUCAGUACGUUCCAGAAGUAAAUCAUGUAACUGUUCUUAACUGCACAUCAGGUGGUAUCAAGGUUUUGUUCCCAGAAAAAGAGGUGAUUAUAAUGAACAGUUCCUUCGUUAAUACCGGAGGAAAUGGAACUGAUUUUAUCAGUACGAAAAACAAUGUUACACUUAAAAACGUCAAAUCGAUAAAAAACGAGUUUGGACUGAGUUUUCAUGAAGCCUACGGUGAUUGGUUCAAUACUAUUUCAUAUGGGAAAGUUAAUCUGUGCUCCCCGCAAAAAGUGGUGAAUGUCACGGAUCACGAUGUAUUCGUUUACUUUAGGGCACCAUUCGUGUCUUUCUCAGAUCUAGGGGUAUCCUGCCAAAUAAAAGUUCAAACAGAGGCAAGUGCUGGUUUUGCUAUUCAGCUACUACUCCUAAAAAAUGUAAGAUCUUUUCGGAUAGAACUGCCUAAUAGACGUGAAAUCUUCAGGACUUAUGGUAGCAGCCUAGGUCUACUCUUAAAAAGAAACUUGAUCAGGUGGGAUUCUUUUACAGUCCACUUUGAGGGACGGUACAGUAGCGAAAUGCUUUUGCAAGUUCAACGUGUUGAUAUCAAAGAUAUUCCAUGCUCAUUUGACCGGGGAUUUUGUGACUGGAGACGCUAUCCCAAAUCACAUUUUGAAGGAAUUGCCUUGAGGAAGAGAUGGUAUUUUGGAAACAGUCGUUAUGACCACACCUAUUCAGGAGGCAAUGGGGGAUUACUAUAUCUUUGGCGACACUCGUUUUCUGGUUACGGUGCCUUUACCAGCCCAUUAAUUUCCAGCGACAACAAUUACUGUUACUUGGUGUUCUACUACAUGCGGGAUGACUACUACUCCAGGUUAUCAGCAUCGCUGUCCAUUUUUCUUAUAGAAGACAUAAGUAAUUCUUCGACCUUGCUCUGGUCUAUUAGCGAUUACGUGACAGACUGGAAAAAGAUAGUGAUUGAGCUACCCUAUACUGACGCCAGUUACUCGAUUGUGGUAUUGGGAUAUGAAGAGUACACAACCGGAAUUAAAAUCGAUGACCUGGCCUUCGUCAGUUGUGACCCAUCUGCUACUGCUGUACACCAAGUAACCGGAAGUGUUUUUAGUGGUAACGAGAAACAAGGUAUACAUUACACGACAACUCAAAGUGAAAGCCGACAUAUUUUCAGAGUAGAACGUUGUCAGGUAACAAACAAUGGUCUGAAUCCAGUCCUUAGUGGAAGCUUACCAGGAGCGAUUCACCUCAAUGCUUCAAACCAAGUGUUUGAAAUAGUCAAUAACUACAUUGCUGGAAAUAACAAUGGAGGUAUUUAUUCCGAAGUACUCAAUGAAGUGUCCACGACAAGACCACCGGUCAGCCAUAUCCAUGCAAACACCAUAGAGUAUAACAAAGGAGGCACAUUACGCGUAGAAGGAGUUUCUGGGCCCUAUAUGAAUGUUAACGUGAGCAAUAACUAUUUUUCUCGAAACUUGGCGCGAGGUUUGGAUGGCAAAGCAAAUAGCGUUUGUGUCAUAACAAAGUCGUGGGCGAUUGUUCAAGGAAAUUUCUUUUAUAGAAACGUCGGUCAUUACGUUUUGCUGUAUGAUAAUUCUCAGACAAGUACUGUUGGUCUUCGAUUUGUGAAUAAUACAUUGUACAAGAACGGUGCAAGGGGGCUCGAUGUUAAUUACGGAGCGACUAUUCUGUGCAAUGGAACAGCAGAAAUUCAUGGAAACGUUUUUCAGAAUCCUAACAACCGCUAUCAAUUCAGUACCACAAUGAGAGGGAGUCCAAUCACAGUAAACGCCACUUUUAAUUGGUGGGGAGAGAAUGUACCAAAUCUGAUUUCUUCUCUGAUUAUGGAUAAGACAACGGAUUAUCGACUGUCCAUAACAGUUGCGUUCCAGCCGUUCGUCAAGCUACCACCUCAAACAGCGACAUCAGUGUCUUGCCCGCCUGAAUGGAUUAAAGACGAUGAGAUUUGUUACAUGUACAAAGGAGGCUCCUUCACUUUCACUGAUGCCGAGAAAUAUUGUGGGAGUUAUGGUGGAAAUCUCGUCACCAUGCUUUCAAACGAAGACAAACGACUCAUAAAGCAUCUCCGACAGAAAGAAUCCUCGGUUCAUUCGGGCAGGUUGCCUUCCCUGUGGACCAUAAGUAGGCGCUUUUUGAGAGAGUCCCACCACAAUGCAUAUGAUCAGGAAAAUAACGUAUGUCCUGUUGUGGCUGCCACCGGAAAUACUUCACAAGUUCAUUGUAAUGAAUUUCUUCCUUUUGUCUGCGUGCGGAGGCCAGUUAUUCACUGCCCGAACAGCUGUUUCCAUAACGGGGACUGUAUAGGUGCCACGUGUUUCUGCUAUCCCGGAUGGACUGGAGAAGACUGCUCCAGGUUUCACUGCUAUGACUUGCAUAACUGUUCUGGUAAAGGUGAAUGCAUGGGUCCCAAUGUAUGCAAAUGUUACCCCGGAUAUUUAGGUCUUGGUUGCACUUACUCCUUCUGUGGAAAGUACGAAAGUUGUGCUGAUUGUGUGACAGACCUGUUUUGUGGAUGGUGUGACAGUUCACGCUCCUGCCUCGGAGGUUUUGCCGCAGGGCCUCCUGGAAUGAGUUGUCCUGUUUGGUUUUACUACCACUGUUAUACAGUAGGAGACGAACGUUGUUCACCUGAUAUAAUG